AUGGCCAUAUCAAUCAUACCAGAAUUACCAAAAAAUGUUCGUUUUGUAACAAUAUUUCAACGUGGUUUUGUUUAUUUGAAAUACUUUUUAUUUCGAUUACAAUUUACACUUGAAGAUUAUCAAAAUAAAAAUAUACAAUGGACAUGGAAAACAUUUCGAAUUACAUUUAUGCUUACAUCAAUGACAUUGACAGCUAUAUUUUGCCUUGGAUUGUUGACUUUAUUUCCUAAAGAUCAUCCAUUCAUGAGUUUUCAUAAUAUUGAAACAAUAUUAGAAACUGAUCGUAUGAUUGCAUAUCGAUUAUAUAUUAUUAAUGGCAUAGCUACAAUUGCCAUUGCAUAUUAUUGGGCUAUCAUAUUCUAUAAAGAAAAUCUUAUAACAUUAAAAGAAUCGAUUUUAAGUAUGUUUGCAUUUGGUUUGAUUGUUACUGAUUUAACUUAUCUUAUUGGACAAUUGUUUAUGACCAUUUUAUUAUUCAUCAUAUUUGUCAUUGAAUUAUUUCAAGUAAAAUUGGGAGAAUUAUAUAAAUUUGUACAAAAAAUGUUUGACCAUUAUUCGACUUAUAAUGGAUUGAAAACAAUAUUUUGGAAUCAAUUUCAAAAUAAAUACGUAAAACUUUAUGCUGAAAUUGUUGAUUUUAAUAAUUCAUUUGAUGUUAUGCUUUUCUACAUAGAAACAGUAUCAAAAUCAUCUAUCAUAAUAUCAUGCAUGUUUUAUAGCAAACAAAAAGAAAUAAGUCAAUAUUGUAUAAUGGUAAUUGUAUCAUUAAUGUCAACUUUUAUUUGUGUAACUAUUCUUUAUUCACGUGUUGCACGAUUACCAUCAUAUAAUCGUCGUUGUUGUAAAUCUAUAAUGAAUUGGCUAGCAAGAACACAAUGGUCGUCACAGGAAUCAAAAUUCCAUUCAUCCAUGAUUAUAAACAGUAUGAUAAUUAAAUCAAUUUUUUUUGCACAGGUUAUAAGCGAAAAUAAACUUGGUUUUACUUGUGGACAUCUAUUUUUUAUUACAAAAUUUAAAUAUAUUCAAUUGAUUAUAUUGAAUAUGUUAUUAAUAAUUUUAUUCUAUCAGAAAAUAUGCAUAAAUGGAUCAUUCUAA